CUGGCUUUAGGAAACCUGAAAUGAAAGGAUUCACAAGUGUAGCCGCUAGGAGAUCGCAGUGGGAUCAAGAGGAAAUCUGGUCCUGGCUUCGAGGAGCAAGAGAAAUCAAGUAAAGGACGAGGAGGAGGUUCCUGGAGUUGCAUAUGGUCAUUUUGUGGGACAGCCGUUACCUGAGACUGAGAUUUUGGAACAGAAAUUUAGGGCACAUCCAGAAGAGACUAAAAACAUUCCAGUUACUUGGCAUUUCCCAAAACAAGAAAAUGAUGAAGGCUCAGGGUUCACUGACACUGAAGGACGUGGCUGUGGACUUCACGUGGGAGGAGUGGCAGCUCCUGGCCCCUGAUCAGAAGGACCUGUACCGGGACGUGAUGCUGGAGAACUAUAGCAACCUGCUGUCCGUAGGGUAUCAAGUUAGCAAACCUGAUAUACUCUCCAAGUUGGAACAAGGAGAACCACUGUGGACCUUAGAAGAUGAAGUUCACAGUCACCCCCAUCCAGGCAUGCAGGAUCCCAGCUCCCCAACAAUGCACCAAACCCGCACCCCCUGCAUUGGAAGGCAAAGUCUUCACUGGACCACCAGGGAAGUCCCCCAAGAUGUAAUCAACCUGAGUACAAGCUGCAAAAAAAUGGAGCCUGCUGAGUUUAGUAGAGAUGGGAGAUCCUUUCUCCAUGCUGAUCAUGAGCAAACUCAUACUGAAAUUAAACAUCGGGACAUACACAAAAUAGAGAACACCCACGACUGUACUGAAUGUGGGAAAGCCUUCCUCAAGAAGUCUCGGCUCAAUGAACAUAAGAGAAUUCAUACAGGAAAGAAACCCCACGGAUGUAGUGUGUGUGGGAAAACCUUCUCCAAGAAGUUCAAGCUCACUGAACAUCAGCGAACUCACAAAGGAGAGAAACCCCAUGAGUGCUGUGAAUGUGGAAAAGCCUUCCUCAGGAAAUUUCAGCUUACUGAACACCAGAAGACUCAUACAGGAGAUAAACCCCAUGUAUGCAGUGUAUGUGGGAAAGCAUUCUACAGAAAGUUCAAGCUAACUGAACACCAGAGAACUCAUACAGGAGAGAAACCCUAUGAAUGUCCUGAAUGUGGCAAAGCCUUCUUUAGGAAAGCAGAGCUCAUUAUACAUCAGAGAAACAAAAGAGGAGAAAAACCCCAUGUAUGCAACAAGUGUGGGAAAGGUUUCUCCAGAAAAUCACAGCUCUUUCUGCACCAGAAAAUUCAUACAGGAGAGAAAUCUUACAUAUGCAGUGAAUGUGGAAAAGGUUUCAUACAGAAGGGCAAUCUUAUUAUACAUCAACGAACUCACACUGGAGAGAAACCCUAUGGAUGCACUGAAUGUGGUAAGGCCUUCAGCCAGAAGGCAUGCCUCAUAGCACAUCAGCGAUUUCAUACAGGAAAGACUCCCUUUGUAUGUACUGACUGUGGAAAAUCUUGUUCACAGAAAUCAGGACUCAUUAAACAUCGGAGAAUUCACACAGGAGAGAAACCCUAUGCAUGCAGUGACUGUGGGAAAGCCUUCACUACAAAGACAAUGCUCAUUGUCCAUCAAAGAACUCACACGGGAGAGAGGCCCUAUGGAUGCAAUGAGUGUGGGAAAGCUUUCUCCCACAUGUCAUGCUUGGUUAAACAUAAGAGGACACACACAAGAGAGAAAAAAGUAGAUUCAGUGAAAGUGAAAUAUCCUUCCACAAAGGGUCACAGCUUAUUGGAUACUAGUGAACUCAUGCAGGGGGAAAACCCUGUUAAUAUGGUGACUGUGCAGAUGCCUUCUGCAACCCCUCAGACAUCAUUAAACACCAGUGGGCUCCUAGCAGAUAGGAAUGUAGUCCUUAUGGAACAGCCAGAUGCCAGAGGUGCACCCUCAGGAGAUAACAGAGAGUUUGUGCAGGAGAGAAACUUCAUGAAUGCAAUGAAUGUGGUUAUGCCUUCAGUGGUCAAUUACAUCUUAUUUUAUGUCACAAAAAACACAUAGGAAAAAACUGCUAUAUUCUAUUUGGAAAAGCCUUGAGCAAUAAUGUAUAGCUGAUUAUAUGGUUAGGUAUAAAAAGCAAACCUAUGAAGGCAGAAGUUAGGAAAGCUGUGUUUUGGAAGAUAGACCCUAUUAUCAGUGAUUACCAAAGGUCAUCAGCGAGCUUAUAGUGUGUAAAGAUAUGAGAGUGGUAAAGUCCUUCCCUCAAUAGGUGUCAUUACAUACUGGAGAGAAACUUGGAAGGCAGUGAAUGUGGCAGGGUUUUUCUGCCCCAUCCACUAGCUGAUGAAAUCAUAUACAAAUAAAACACUGUGAACACACUAAUUGUGGA